AUGGUGAUUCGCGGCAGAUUCGACGUCGUCGACGUCCAUCGACGACGCGUUUUAUUUUGGCGACCGCGACGCGGCUCGCGACAGUGCUUCAUUGUUCACGCCACUCGCAACAACACCGAUGUGAGCCUUGAAGUUGGCAUGAAGCUUCGAUACGCCGAUUGUGAGGUGGUUAAGCUUGAUCCUUUCAUCGAAAGGAAUGAUGAACGCAUCCGUUUCUUCAGCCAUCAAUUAUCCAUCGGCUAUUCGGAUUCCGAUCGUCUGGACCUGGCAACCCUGACCUCAGUGGUCUUAAAAGCUUCCCACAUCGAAGCGCUGUACCUCGACGAAUCAGUGCCCUAUCAGGAUUUGCUGUUCAACUUCGACGGCGCCGAAAUCUCCGAGCUUCUCGACGUCUGCCAGUUGAGCGUUGUCGUCAGACGGCCAGAAUCUCAAAAUGAUUUGACAUUCUUCUGGAGCUUCGUCACGAAAUUCCUAAUAAAUCCCAGCAUCACUCUAGUGGAUUCACAAAGGAUAUCCAUGGAUCGCGUGAGGAUCACCGUGUACAAUAGAGAGAAUCGAAAUUGCGUUUUUAGACACCACUUCAAAGACAUUCCGUCAGAAUCAUUUUAUGCUUGA